AUGGACUUCAAGUCAGUGUUUCUCAACAUAGAUUUGAAGGAGGAGGUCUACGUCCACCAGCCGUCGGGAUUCGUCAUCCCCGUCAAGGAGGACAAGGCUACUGGCUUCGAGCAAAGCCCACACGAGGCAGCCGUCUACCGGCAGGGCAACGGAAGCAAUGCCUUGCUGGUGGGCGUCUACGUCAACGACUUGGUGAUCACAGGCACCAAGGACAAGGAGGUGGAAGCGUUCAAGGAGGAGAUGAAGGCCGCCUUCCAAAUGAGCGACUUGGGGCCUCUCUCCUAUCUAGGGAUCGAGGUGCACCAAGACGACCCCGGCAUCACACUUCAACAAACCGCCUACGCCAAGCGCAUCGUUGAGCUGGGUGGGCUCACUGACUGCAACUCAGCUCUUACCCCGAUGGAGGAGAGGCUGAAGUUGAGCCGCGACAGCACGGCUGAGGAGGUGGAUGCUACACAGUUUAGGCGCCUUGUGGGGAGCCUUCGCUACCUCGCCCACACACGGCCGGACUUGGCGUUCUCCGUCGGCUACGUCAAUCGGUUCAUGCAGCGACCGACGAGAAAGCACCAGCAAGCUGUUAAGAUGAUCCUCUGCUACGUCACGAGGACUCUCGACUACGGCCUCCACUACCCGAGGUGUCCCGGGGCGACCACGCUGACAACAUUGACACCAGCAAGAGCAUGA